GCAGCGUGGGGAGCAACAGCCAAUCAGCUUACAGAUAGCCUCUCAAACACGCCCCCUGCACGCACGCGCGGAGACACGCACUCCCCCCGCCCACCCCCACUCCCGCCUUCUCUGUAAUCCUCCGUCCUCUUCAGGCAUCAUGGCGGAAAUUAAAACGGGAAUCUUUGCGAAGAACGUCCAGAAACGGCUGAACCGGGCCCAGGAGAAGGUUUUGCAGAAACUGGGAAAAGCAGAUGAGACCAAAGAUGAGCAGUUUGAACAAGUGGUGAUAAACUUCAAGAGACAAGAGUCUGAAGGCGCUCGGCUGCAGAGGGAGAUGAAGUCCUACAUGUCUGCCAUCAAAGGGAUGCAGCAGGCGUCCAUCAACCUGACGCAGUCUCUGCAUGAAGUCUACGAACCGGACUGGCACGGCAAAGAUGACAUUGUGACCAUUGGGAAGGACUGUGACGCGCUCUGGGAAGAUUUCCACAACAAACUGGUGGACUCAACUCUGCUAAACCUGGACGGGUACCUGCAGCAGUUCCCUGACCUGAAGAUGCGUGUUGCCAAAAGAAGCCGGAAACUCAUUGAUUACGACAGCGCUCGACAUCAGCUGGAGGCUUUGCAGGUGACUGGGAUGAAGAACGACAGGAAAGUGAUGAAGGCAGAAGAGGAGCUUAAAAAGGCUCAGAAAGUUUUCGAUGAGCUGAACGUCGGCCUUCAGGAUGAGCUGCCGACUCUCUGGGAUCGCCGAGUCGGUUUCUACAUCAGCACCUUCAAGUGUGUCACCAGUCUGGAGGCCAAGUUUCACCGAGAAAUCUCACUGGUGUGCAGGGAGCUGUAUGAAGUCAUGACUAAACUAAGGGAGCAACACUCAGACAAGAUCUUCACCAUUCAAGGAGCUCCGAGUGAUUCUGGACCGCUGCGCCUCGCCAGAACCCCGUCACCACCGGAAGACGAGACUCCCCCAGAGAGCCCGGACGCCAGCUCCAAUCACAUGCUCCACCCAGUUUCACCUGGUCCGCCCCGGCCAAAGUCCCCAAUUCAGCUUAAAAAGGGUCCACCGGUUCCUCCACCUCCUAAAGUCACACCCACUAAAGAAGUGGCAGAAGAGCAAAUCAUUGACUUGUUCGGAGGAGAAUUUCUACCGGCUCCUUCACCUUCUCAGCCAAAUGAACGACCAGGAGAGUCUCUUCUUGACCUGGACUUUGAUGCUUUCCAGCCGGAUGAAAGUGUUUCACCGAUUCCUCAGACGGCUGUACCGUGGGACAUGUGGUCGGGAAAUGCCCAACCGACUCAGCCUGCUGCCGAUGCUGGAUUUGUUGCUGACUGGUCUGCAGACUUUGGUUCGAUGUCAGCAAAUGGAGAUGUUGCUUCAGCGACAGUCCCGGUUGCUUCAGGAACUCUGGCUGAGGGGGAGCAGGUCGGUGUUCAGGGUGGAGCUGAGUGCUGGCCCCAGGCGGAAAGCUCACUACCAGCUGGAGACACAACUGCUGUCCAGGACAGUGAGCCCAGAGACGAGGGAGAUGAGGUUAGGAGCUGGGAAACCAUGACUCACUCCAACCUUCAUCCAUCUACAACUAGUAAUGCUAAAGAUGAGGCUGACCAGGUAGAAGUAGACAGUGAAGAUGUGGUGCUGGAAAAUCGUAGAAAAUCUACGCCUGGACUUAUCUUCACCAAUGAGUUUGGUGAAGAUAUUGAGGAUGGCACAGGCGACAGAAGAGAUAAGAGGUCCAGGUCUCUGGAUGGGUCUGGGUCUGAAUAUGAGACAGCUGAAGAAUGGGCUGAUGGUGGCCAAGGUGGAGGCUGGGAUGCUGCUGCUCCAUCAUUUUUUACAGAUUUCGAUAAGAUGAAUGAGAGUGAAUCAACAGAAGAAGUUCCUGCAGCAUCACUGAAACAAACAGCCAAUGAAUUCAAAGAGGCUACAGCGCCCCCUGCUGGAGAAGAGUGUGCGAGUGCAUCUCUUCUUGCUGAUGACGACUUUGAACAGCAGCCUCUGGAAUCAAAAGUGGAGGAAGCUCCAGCUCCCCCUGCUGGUAAAGCCCAAGAACAUCAGGCUCUUACUGAUGAAGAGGAUGAAAAACCUUCACAGAAUCAGCAGGAAGAGCCAGCAACUAAAGCUGGAAGUCCGGAGAAGCCAGAGCCUGCUGAGGUUCCUCUGGCUGAGACCAAAUCAUCUGGAGGUGAAACGGCUCCAUCGGAGAAGAUGCCCAUCCCCUCUGUAGUGAUUGAACCUGCCUCCAGUAACGAAGGUGACGAUGACCGAGAUGCUGACAUCAUCUCACCCACAGCUGUCGACGACGCCACGGCGACGCCACAAAGCUGCGGCCUCAAACACAUCAGUCCAUCAGGCGGAGGCUCAGGAUUUCCUGAUGACUUUCUGUACAAGGUGGAGACCUUGCAUGAUUUUGAGGCUGCAAAUUCAGAUGAGCUUGAACUGAAAAGAGGAGAUGUUGUUUUGGUGGUGCCUACUGCUUCAAUGGAAGAUCAAGAAGCAGGCUGGCUCACAGGCAUAAAGGAAAGUGACUGGUCAAACCUCGGCGUUGGUGCACAAAGAGGACUUUUCCCUGAAAACUUUACUCAGCGUUUGAAUUAACAACUUUACGUAAGAGAUAAAGAGGAAUCUCUCAAAUAUGUAUGCAAUCUGCCAAGACAGCAUGUAGCUGAGCCUGUUCAGUUUCAGGAAACUAACCUGUUGCAUCGACAGCUGCUAAAACAUAACAACAGUUCCUUCUCAGCAUGAAGUCACCCUGUUGUACCUUCUCUGAAUUACAUGUUUCCUUGUACUAAAACUAGAAAUAUUUAAUGGAGAAUUUUUGCUGGAAUGCAACAUAAAGGAUAAAUUAUCUCUACAUUUUUUAACUGUAAAACUAAUGAGGUGACGUGUAGCUCCCUCACAGCAUGUGUGUUGUAAUUAACUUGAAAAAUCCAAUCAACUUUGUGCGGUGAUCUAUUUCAGUGCUUUUAUGUGUGAUAUGAAAAUAAUGAUUCCUGUAUCUUGAUGUUAGUGGUCAUUGUUGCUGUGGUUCUUCAGUCACUGUUUUAUUGUAUAAUACACGUUGAUGGAUGUUUGGUUCAUGUGUGAUAAAAUGUUUCUGGAAUCCUGAUAUGAAUUAUCUGACUAUGAAAAUCACUUCAAGAAUGAUUGAAAUUAUAGAAUUUUCCUUAAUGAAAAUCCAAGUCAAUCUGUUUAUGUUGAAAUGGACAGAAAGAAAUAUAUAAAAUUUAAUAUGCAAUGUUUGUUGCUAUGAUUGACAAUGUGACUUACAGACUCAUUAGAUAAAGUAAAAUAUCUUUUGUUAGCCAAUUACUGGCUACCUGUAGACAUUUAGGUAAUGUAGAAAACUAACCUGUGUAAAAGAACAAAUAAAGCAUAAUUUAUAAAUCAA